AUGGCGAAAUCAGAAACUGAACUUCGGUCCAUGAUGGCCAAGGGCAAGGACCUGAGAGAGCUACCAUGGUUUGACGCCGAGAUCGACGAGGUUCCGGAGCCUGCUAAGACUAUAUUGGAGCGGUACAGCCAGAUCCCAGCUGAUCAGAUCUUGGAUCAUGUUAAGGGUGUGAGGAAGCGCGCGUUUGAAGUGUUCCCAUACCCUUGCAUUGGAUCAUAUAGGUUCUUGGAUAUGAGCAUUCCGGAGUCGCCGGUCUAUCCCGAAGUCCUGCAACGCCUCAAAUCUGGACAGAAGCUUUUGGAUGUAGGCUGUGCCAUUGGACAAGAACUUCGAAAGCUGGUUUACGAUGGAGUCCCGGGAGAGAAUUUAUACGCCUCGGAUCUACGAGGGGAAUUCUUCGACAUAGGCUACGAUUUAUUCAAGGAUCGGUCCACUCUGAAGGCCAAAUUUAUCAGCACCGACAUCUUCGACAAUAACUCUGAGCUUAUCAAAACACUCUUGCAUCAAGUGGACAUUGUCAACGCUGCCUCCUUCUUCCACCUUUUCAGCUGGGACAGCCAGGUCUUGAUCGGGAAGCGACUGGUCAGUCUCCUUCGCGCCCAACCUGGAUCCCUCAUAAUUGGACGCCAAGUCGGUCGUAUUGAUCCCAUUGACCCGGAUGACAAGGAAAAUGCACCAGAGCAUUACCGCCACGAUGACAAGACGUGGCUUAGACUAUGGGAGCAGAUCCAAAGAGAGACAGGGACGCAGUGGGAGGUAUUUUCUCGAUUGGAAGAGUGGAAGGGAGCUGACAAGCUUAUGAAGUCUUACCACAAUGGUUUGCAGACAUUCAAGUUGAGAUUUGUCAUAAGGAGGAUCUAG